UUCUCCCUCUUGUGCAUGAAGCUAUACACAUUGCUAAAAGUUGACGGUCCACCACUCAAAACCCGAGCGUCAUUUGUGCUGGAGCACAAAAACCAGUGGAGAGAGAGAGAUAGAGAGAAGGGAGAGAGAGAGAUUUGUCCACCUCUCCCUCUCUCUAUCUUCUCCCUCUAGUGCAGGAAGGUAUACACAUUGCUAAAAGUUGAAGCUCCACCACUCAAAACCCAAGGGCAUGGCGCCGAGCAAGAUUGCGAAGGCGUUGGGAGCGGUGAAAGACCGCACCACAAUCGGCCUGGUGAAGAUGAGCGGAGGGAACAUACCGGACAUCGAGGUGGCGGUGGUGAAGUCCACACGCCACGAUGAUCAUCCUGCGAACGAGCGCCACAUCCACGAGCUCCUUAGCCUCACGGCGUACUCCCGAGCCCAUGUUUCUGCCUGCGUCGCUACACUCGCUAGACGUUUGAACCGCACCCGUAACUGGGCUGUUGCCCUGAAGGUCUUAAUGCUCGUGCACAGGCUCAUGUCGGAGGGUGAACCUGCCUAUGAGCAAGAGCUAUUCUACGCCACCCGACGUGGUACUCGUCUCCUGAACAUGUCCGACUUUCGUGAUGCGUCUUCUCGGUCUACUGAUUCUUGGGACUUCUCUGCUCUGGUGCGCACUGUCGCUAUGUACUUGGAUGAGCGCUUAGAAUUCUCUAGACAUGGCACAAAACACCAACGGCGGCGUCGGACGUCCUCUGGUGACUCCCCAUAUGCUGCCACGCCGGUGAGGGAGCUUCGCCCGGACAGGCUUUUUGCCAGGAUGCAGCACUUGCACCAGAUAUUGGACCGGUUCUUGGCUUGCAAGCCUACUGGGGCUGCCAAGCAAAACCACCUCGUGGUGGUGGCUCUGCAUCCUAUUGUGAAGGAGAGCUUCCAGAUGUACUCUGAAAUGGCUGAGGCGAUGGGGGCCAUGAUCGAUCGGUUCACUGACAUGGAAGUGCCGGAGUGCGUAAAGGUUUUGGAGGCAUUUGGGAGGGCUGGCAAGCAGAUAGACGAGCUCGAGCAGUUUUACAAUUGGUUCAAGACGGUUGCGAUGCUUCGCAUUGCGGAGUAUCCUGAUCUCGACAAGAUCACCCAGAAGAAGCUUGAUUUAAUGGAGGAUUUUAUCCGAGACAAGUGUGUGUCGCAGUCUAAGAGGCUGCAAGAUCCCGAGACAGAAGGCGAGGAUGCCAUGACUGGAAUCAAGGCGCUUCCUGCACCGCCUGUUAACGAAGAGGAGGCAACAGGGGAGGAUAUAAGAAGAGAAGCCGCAGAGGUGGCCAAAAAGAAAGAACCUGAAACCGAACCAGCCCAAGAGGGGAGCAGGGACCUCAUCAGCCUGGAUACUGAUGGUGCCUUUGCCAAUGCCCAUCCGGGAGACCAACUUGCACUCACAGUAUUAGGGGGAGAAGCAGAGGUCGGGCAAUCGGGAACCGACAAAUGGGAGGCAUUCACCGACGAGGGAGACAAAGCCGAUUGGGAACUCGCUUUGGUGCAGUCGACAACUGGAGGGCUACAAAGCCAAAAGCCAGCCCUCGGCGGAGGGUUCGACAUGCUACUACUAGACGGGCUCUACGAUCAAGCACCAAAAACGAGCUCUAUAGCUUAUACAGGCAGUGCAAGUAGCAUGGCAGGAGCGGGUGCUACAGGAGGACAACUGCUUGCGCUGCCUGCACCCCCAGGGGCUGCAUACAGCACGAACGACCCGUUCUCCGCAUCCACCAGUGUCGCACCACCGGCAUAUGUACAGAUGUGGGAUAUGGGGAAGAGGCAGGCAUUAUUAGUGCAAGAGCAGCAGCUAUGGCAACAUUAUGCAAUGGAUGGGAUGCAAGGGCAGCUUGGCAUGGCUCAGCUACAGCAGCAAACAGGGGUGGGAGGUUAUGCAAUGGCUCAGCCAUUGCCUGGGUCCUCCUAUGUUCCUCAUGGACCUCGACCACCUCAUGGCAUGGGAGGAUACACACAAACCUAUUGACUCUUUGAUACCUUUGCUUAGCCUUCCUCCCUCCUCUUUUUGUGUCUUGUUUUAUGAUAUUGAUGGUUGAUCUCCUCCUCCAUCCUUGUAGUGGAUUGCAGAGUUUUGUAGAUUCUAGUUUUCUCUUUUGCGCAUCACAUGAAAUACACAAUAAAAUGCACAAUACCCUCUUUUUAUU